UUUCAGCUAUGGGAUGGGUUCCCGACGAGUGGAGCAUCGAUCACGACACACUAAUAGAUGCCGGAGGCUACGUACAAAAGCUGAAGCUCUAUCCGUACUUUGAUGCGGCGCAUUAUGUAUUGACCUGCCUCUCCGUCCGCCACGACUUGGGACCAGACGCCAUCUCAUUCUCCCGUAAGCACCCAUUCUCAUGCUGGCUCUCCUGUAUGCUCAUGUCGUUCGCCGGCAGCUUCCUCUCCUGUUUUCUGCUCGGCGAGCCCAUCAUCUCACCGCUCAAACAGCACGCCGACAUACUCCUCGGCUCCAUCGUCUGGUACCUGGUGUUCUAUUCACCGUUCGACGUGGUUUUCCGGCUCGCCACGUGGUUUCCCGUGAAGCUCGGGCUCUCAGUGCUGAAAGAGGUUCAACGGACGCAUAAGAUUGCUGCGGGGGUGAAGCACGCCGUCAGGAUCUACCCAGAGUCUUAUUUGGUGCAAAUUCUUGUUGGAGUCGCGAAAGGAGCCGGCUCAGGCGUUGUAAAGAUCGUUGAGCAACUGGCACGUGGCACAUGGCACCCGACGAAUCAUGAAAUUCUUCGGCCAUCGUUUACCACAAAAGCGUGUGUUAUAGCGUCUAUUGUGUUCACUUUGGAACGGCAUAGUAUGUAUGUUACGGCGCCACACGAUUUGGUGUACUUGUGCGUCGUCGGAUUCUUCAUCUACUUCAAGCUGGCUUCUCUGUGUCUCUCCGUACAUGAUGUUCUGAUGCCUAUUGAGAAUGUUCUUUGUGCAGUUUUUAUGGGCGGAAUUAUCGAUGCUUUUGCAAAAGCCGUCGACGCCACAAAAAAAGCCAUACACAGUAAUCGUGUACUAUCCGAGGAGGAAAUUCUGUCAAAAGAGCGGGAAAAAGUGCUGAAAAAGAAGAAGCUGCUCGCCCAAAUGUCCAAUGGCACGGAUAAAAAGAAUAAUUGAUCUUUCUUUAAAAAAUAAUUUCUGUGAAUUUUCAUAUUAAUCCCCUCGUUUAAAAAGAGCCAAAGGCUCAUUUUUUCCCUAUUAAUUUUUAAUUUUUUUGCAGUUUUAUCACCCCACUUGCCAUCCAAAACUCGCCGCUUUAUCCAUGUUUCUAGUCACUAAAAAUUUAUAGAAAUUAGCAGAAAUUUCUGAAAAAAUCGCAGAAAUUUGCUGUAAAAUUUUGGAAAAAAUUCGGAAAAUUCUGAGAAUUGGAGCAUUUUUUUCCCGAAAUUUUUAUGAAAAAUUGGGAAAUUUCAGCUAAUUUUUUUCAAAAACUAGUCAAAAAAUUUUACAGCAUUUUUCUUUUUUUUACCCCGUCUAGAUUCCCAUUUACUCUUUAAACAAAUAUUUUUAUUUUCUAACAAUUUUUCCAAAUUUUCUCCCCAUUUCUCUCGGCCGGGUACUAACAUUUUACUUGAAGUAUUACGUUUUUUUUGUUUAAAUAAUUUUAUUUUUUAUUUUU